GUGAUAGUGGUGGUUAUUUUACAGUAGUAGUGGUGGUGGUGGUGGGGGUGGUGUUGGUGAAAGUAGUGGUCAUUUAAUAGUAAGAGUAUAGGUGGUGGUGGUGUUGGUGGUGGUGAUAGUGGUCAUUUUAUAGUAGUAGUGGUAGUAAUGGUGGUAGUGAUGGAGGUGGUGGUGGUGGUGAUAGUGGUGGUCAUUUAAUAGUAAUGGUAUUGGUGGUGGUGGUGGUGGUGGUGGUGAUAGUCAUUUAAUAGUAAUAGUAUUGGUGGUGGUGUUGUUGGUGGUGGUGGUCAUUUUAUAGUAGUAGUGGUGGUAAUGGUAGUGGUAGUGGUAGUGGUGGUGUUGGUGGUGGUGACACAAGUGGGCAGCAACAGUGUCUGUUUGUCAUCACAGAGGGCGUGGCGGGACAUGCAUGAACACAACCACAACACAGUCUUGUCCAUACUGGUGAAGGGCAACAAGGCAGCCAUGGCCAUCAUCCCCGAGGAUUGUGAUAGUCACGCGCUGAGCCAGGAUGGCCUGACGCCUCUCCACGCCGCGGCGCUGUGCGGUGCUCCUAGUGAUGCUGUGGAGGCUUUGCUGCGACAUGGCGUGAGCCCUCAUGUGACCACCCCUGACAACAUGACCCCCGCUGACCUGGCACGGCAGCAAGGCCAAGACUCAGUGAUUAAGGGACUACAGCGCCACCACUGUGUACAGAGCGGCAAGCUUCCUGAAGAACUGCAUGAGGAGCUGCUCUCAACAGUCAGUCGCUGGGACGACGUGCAGGCGGUGUCCACCCUCCUGUGUAAGGGCGCGCCCAUAGAGCUCCUGGGCGGCCUUUCCGUCCUCAGACUGGCUGUCACCACCAACCGCAUACACACCGUCAGCCUGCUGCUGGCUAGCGGUGCACCGCUGCCUGCCAGCCUGCUGCAAGAGGCUUGGCAGAGCCCCGACGUGACUCACAGGGUGCUGGCCUUCCUCACCACCGCCUACUGCUGCCGGCUGCGUGCAGAGCAGCGUCGCCUGGAAAAGGUUAGCAGCGCCCUUGUCGAGGGCAUCGACAAUCUAUUGACAACCAUCGAGGGAAAUACUCCCUGGCAGGCAGCCUGGCCAUGGGGAAAGGAGACUGACCGGCCAGCACUGAGCGACCUCCUGGCAAAGGCAGCGGCUGCCAACUGCCCCGUGACUGCCGCCUUCCUGCAUAGGGCGGGAGGGUGGACAGUCUUUAAUGGAGCCUCUGGUGGCACUGCCCUCCACUCUGCCCUGGAGGCUGGCCACAAAGGCAUGUCCGAGCUGCUGAUCAGGGACCUUGGGGGCUGCCCGUACGUGCCGGACACACAUGGUCGCCUUCCAGUGCACAUGAUGCCUGACAAGGAGCAACAGACUCUGGAGCAGAAGCUCUUUAUGGCAGAGCGUGAAAAACUGAAGGAUAUGGAGCUUCGCUUCAAGGCAGAUCACGAGAAGACCGCAGCACGGACAGCGCUGUGUAUACAGGAGGAUCUUUUUGAGAGCCACAAGAAGGGCGAGGAUACGAAUGUCUCCUCACCUGAUGGCCACACCACCCUGCUACUGGCCUCGCGCAAAGGUCUCCUGCAGCUGACUCAUCUUAUACUGCAAGAGGGUCACUUGCCCGUGGACGAGGUGCUGGACCACACCUGCAGCACCACCGCCCUCCACCAGGCGGCCUCGCACGGCCAGGACGGCUGCGUGGCGCUGCUGCUGAGCGCUGGCGCCAACCCACAGCAGCGUGACACGUAUGGCCAGACGCCCCUACACCUGGCCGCCAUGUUUGGCCACAAAAGUACUUUUGAACUCCUGGCACAUCAAGUGACGCAGGACCCUCCUUGCCGUGCGGGCACCACGGGCACACUGGUGAGAGAAAAUUUUAAAUUUUUUGAAAAUAUGUUUAAUAAGUGUGAGGAUAUAAAUUUAUUACACCCAAUCGACCGACGUGACCCCGAAAGUGUCAUAAGAAAUCUCGUGAGAUCCAUAGGCCUGCAAGAGCUGCAGGAGGAGGCUCAGCGGGUGGCUGUGGACCUAUCAAAGGGCGAGGCCCUUGAGGUAAAGGAGGCGGUCAUGGCAGAAAUAAGCAUAAUCAUAAAUAAGGUAUCAGCCGCUGAUGCCACGUACCGCGGCGACCUGAGGCUGGUGGGCAGUUCUCAGGACGGGUGUAAGCUUUACGCCCCUGACGAAUUUGAUAUAAACCUCGUGAUGCACAAGGAUGACGUAGGAAUAACUGUUAGCGAGAGAGGGAAGGAGGAAGCCACGCUGAAGGGCAGGUUACAGAUUUCUGUGAAGACUGACAAUCCCCACCUUGAGGGUAAUAGAUUUAUGGCCAGUUUGUACGAGGAGGUGCACCGUUGCCUCAUUGGCCACACCCUACAGGACAAAAGACUGAGCCUAGUGCCGCCGGGCCUGACCAGCACGCAAGUGGGCGUGGGACUCUCUCUGGCCUGGCAGGGGCGAGAGUAUCCACUGUUGCUGGUCGGCGUGGACCUGGUGCCAGUGCUUGAGGUGCCAUGGCUGGAGCAAGUUUUCAGACCGUUCCUCACUCCUGAGGACACCACCACCAUGCAGCUCAGUAAUGCUGCUGAGGGAACAUGGCGCUGCAGCUUUGCCUUGACAGAGGCUGAGGUGCUGGGGACGUUGACACCCGCAGAGCGCCAGGUGCAGCUGAUGGGAAAAGUACUUCUUUCCCGCCUCAAGCCCGAGCGCUGGAUGCCUCGGCACAAAAAGAGCUUUUUCAAAUGGUUCGCCACACGGGAGUGGAACAUCGCGGUGCCAAGCGGGUUCUGUUUCAAGAACGCCUUCCUGCGGUGGCUGGAGCACAGGUGGUCGAGGGAGGUAGAGCUUGGGGCUGGGCAGGAGCACGACCAUACCAAGGAGUUGGGGGCUGGACAGGAGGAGGGCCACACCAAUGAGUUGGGGGCUGGACAGGAGGGGGACCACGCCAAGGAGUUGGGGGCUGGACAGAAGGAGGACCAUGACAAGGAGUUAGGGGGUGAACAGAAGGGGGACCAUGCCAAGGGGUUGGAACUGGGGCGGGAGGGGGACCCCGCCAGAUGGCUGGUGGAGGUGUUCAGAUUGAUGUGUGCGAACCCAGAUGAGUCACGAGAGCACCUGACAACGCAAAACAGCUCUGCCUACUUUGGAGGAGACUGUGAGGGGCGGAAGCCUGGGGACGGGGCGCCCAUCAUCGUGCAGUGCCUGGAGGAGGGUUUGGAAAAGUUGUGCUCUGGCUUGGCCUCUGCCAAGGCUCGGCCAGGCCACGGCGACGAAAGUAUUAGAUGUAGAAGAUGCAGACCCUUGUAAUCAUUAGCUGUGAGCUGCGCCACGCGUCGUAAGACCCACCCCCACCCACAUAUUCACACACACACACACACACACACACACACACACACACACACACACACACACA